CCUUAGAGAGAGAAAACAAAACAGAGCUUCUUUCUUCUUCUAUAUAUAUAUUUACAGAUCGAGGGCAGAAAAGGAAGGAAAGAGAUUAGAGAUUUUAAGAUGGGAGAUGAGAUAGUAUUGUUCUUGGAUGAAUUAGAAAUAAGAGCUUCUUCUUCUUCUUCAUAUGCGAUUCCUUACUGUAGAAUCUGCCAUGAAGCAGAGUUUGAGAGCUCCAAGACCUUUGAAUCGCCAUGUGCUUGCUCAGGAACCAUACAGUACGCCCACAGAGAUUGUAUUCAACGCUGGUGCGAUGAAAAAGGAAAUACUCUUUGCGAAAUUUGCCUCCAGAAAUUCGAACCAGGUUAUACAGCUGCACCCAAAACCUCCAAUGGCCUGCUGGCCACCACUACUAUUGUAAUGUCCAUCAGAGAUAGUUUAGAAGUUCCAAGAAGAAGAGAAGGGGAGAUUAAUGAAAAUGGUAGAGCAUUCAGGGUGAUUAUUGAUGAAAAUGGAACCCAUCAACAAAUUAUGAUCCGGAACAACAACAACAAUUAUGCACACUUUUCUUCUUCGUCCUCAACCUCGUCGUCAGGUGGUGGUCGCGGGGCAAAGUUUUGGCGAUUUGUGGCUUUGCUGAUGACAAUGGUAUUAUUGAGUAAACACACGUUUGAGGUGAUAAUGGGAAGAGCAGAGGAUUAUCCAUUUAGUCUAGCAGCGGUAAUGGGUUUAUUUAUUAAUUUAUUAAUUAAUUAAUUUGUUUAGUUGGUUGGUGGGCUAAUCAGAAAUUAAAUAUAAUUAUUAAUGAUUUGGUUGGGUUUUUUUGCACUGAGCAGAUGGUGAUUAUAAAAGCUAGUGGAAUAAUAGUGCCCAUGUAUGCCUUUGUUACACUCAUUACAGCAGUUCAAAAUUGUAUCAAGAAAACAAAUGCAAAUGUUUCCAUCGUCGCUUAUUCUAAUAACACGAGUUAAGUUGAGUUCAGAUCGAGCUUAAUUAGAUGAUGGUGGAGUUGAGAUCGAUAUAUAACACUUGCACAUAUGAAAUCGAAGAACAAAAUAGGAGAUGCAUGCCAAAGAUAUAUAUAUAUAGAUAAGUUUUUUUUUUCUUUUCAAUUUAUAUAAGUUUGGAUUUCAAUCCAAUUGUAAUUAGUUACUGUAUCAAGAGGGUUAUUGCUAAUCCAUAUAUUCAAAUGCAUAAUAAUAAUAAUAAUAUUACAAAUAUUCUUUCA